AUGAGCCUGACUCCGAUAACAGACAGAGAUAUCAUCAAUGUUGUUAAUGGCCUUAAAACUUCCUCUCCAGGGGACGACUGCAUUCCCAGCAACGUUAUUAAGAAAAUACUUCCUUGCAUUCUUAAGCCCCUGAAACAUGUAAUUACUAUAUCAUUUAGUAUGGGAGUAUUUCCCACGAAACUCAAGAUUGCCAAAGUUCAUCCCAUGUUCAAGACUGGAUCCCAUUGCCUUAAUAACUAUCGCCCAAUUUCCAUACUAACAGCUCUUAGCAAAAUCAUGUCCAUUAGAUUAACUGAUUUUCUUUAUGCAAAUGAUAUAAUCAACAAUUGUCAGUAUGGUUUCUUGAAGAACAAAUCAUCUGAAUUAGCUGUUUCAGACUUUUACAAAUAA